AUGAUGCAAAGUGCGGCUGUUCUACCAACCGAGAGUCCAGUCAAGGGUCUACCAGAGAUACUCGGAGUGCCAAUGCAACAGAUCCCCCAAUGCGCGGGCUGCAGUCAACACAUCCUGGACAAGUUUAUACUGAAGGUGCUGGAUCGACACUGGCACUCCAAGUGUCUGAAGUGCGCCGAUUGUCAGUCGCUGCUUGCAGACAAGUGUUUCUCGCGGGCGGGGAAUGUAUACUGCAAAGAGGAUUUCUUCAAGCGUUUCGGAACGAAGUGUGCGUCGUGCCAACAGGGGAUCCCCCCCACGCAGGUGGUGCGGAAAGCCCAGGACUUCGUGUACCACCUCCACUGUUUCGCCUGUGUGAUGUGCAGCCGACAGCUGGCUACUGGAGAUGAGUUCUACCUCAUGGAGGAUGGCAGGCUAGUGUGCAAAGAGGACUACGAGACAGCCAAACAGAAUGAUGAUUCUGAGGCUGGUGCCAAGCGACCCCGGACCACCAUCACAGCCAAGCAGCUGGAGACCCUCAAGAGCGCCUACAAAAACUCGCCCAAGCCUGCGCGGCACGUCCGAGAGCAGCUCUCCUCUGAGACAGGCCUGGACAUGAGGGUUGUGCAGGUGUGGUUCCAGAAUCGCCGCGCCAAGGAGAAGCGUCUGAAGAAGGACGCCGGGAGGCACCGCUGGGGCCAGUUCUACAAGACGGUCAAGCGCAGCCGCAGCGGCAGCAAGACGGAGAAGGAGAGCUCGGCGGAGGAUGGGGGCCUGAGCGACAGCGAGCUGAGCUUCAGAGAGGACCAGAUCCUGUCUGACCUGGGCCACACUAACGGCCUGUAUGGGAGCGUCGGCGAAGUCGGUAACGGGAACCUGCUAAACGGGAGCUUCCCUCUGGACGGCGCGGGGCAGCCAUACCAUGACUUACGGGCAGGCAGCCCCUACGGCCUCCCCCAGUCACCCUCCUCCAUCGCCUCCCUGCCCGGCCACACCCCGCUGCUCAACAACCUGGGCUUCACCAUGGACAGCAUCAUGGCCCAGGGCGGGCAGGGCGGGGUCGGCCAGGCGCUGAGAGCCAUGGCAGGGGGCCCGACCUCUGACCUGUCCACGGGGAGCAGCACGGGGUACCCAGACUUCCCCACCAGUCCCGCCUCCUGGCUGGACGAGAUGGACCACUCCCAGUUUUGA